AUGCCUUCAAGGAAAAAAGAAAGGAGAGUAAGUUCUUCAUUUUCUGAAGCUCUAUCUGUCUCUCUAGGUUUACAAGAACAAGGUAACUUAAGGUCUACUGAAAGGGCUAAUGUUAAGAGGAAUGCAAUAUUUGAUGAGUUUCCACUCGAGUCAACUAAUUCAUUGACACUGCCUGACAGCAUGUCAAUGAAAAAUAAUACAGUCAAUAUUAAUGAUAAACUGGUACCCGACAAUUCAAAAAAUAGAACCUUUUAUAAUGAUUCCAUAUAUCCUCCCGAAAAUAAGACUAGUAUGAAGUCAAUAACUGUUGCAGAUAUUUUACAUAGACAAACAGCUGAAUUAUCAAAAACCUUUUAUGAUUCAAACUUCACGGAUAAAGAUGUGAAAGAUUAUAUAGAUAUUAUCGACAAUGAUGUGGCAACAUCUAACGAGAGCGAUAGCAAUUCAACGCCAGAACCUUAUUUGGGAGAUGAAUACGAUCAACACAGAUUGGCCAUUAGGACCCAAAAAUCGCCAAAUAUAGCAGAUGAUGAACAAAGCAGACUACUGACUCCUUCGUCUUCUAUAAUUGGAGCUGAACUAGACUUGGAAGCACAUUAUGAUGAAUUUGAACCGGUUCGAAUGGAUGCUAGUAGUAUUAAUCGACAGAAUGAAUCCAAGUUAAUAGAUUUUUCACAAAUAUUGCAUUAUUUUCCAGCAGCAGUGCUAGGAUUAUUACUUAAUAUUCUAGACGCAUUAUCAUACGGUAUGAUUAUAUUUCCAAUAACAGAACCAAUAUUUGCUAAUAUGGGUACUGCAGGUAUAUCUAUGUUUUAUAUAUCAUCCAUCAUUUGCCAAUAUAUUUUAUCAGGUGGGUUUUCCAGCUUUCCAACUGGGAUUGGCAGUGAAAUGAUAGAAAUUACUCCAUUCUAUCACACAAUGGCAUUGGCAAUAAAAAAUUCGCUUGAUGUUCAGGAGGAAAUUAUAAGCACAACUAUCUUCUGUUAUGUCAUUAGUUCAUUGGUUACUGGUUUAGUGUUUUACUCGUUAGGUAAAUUGAAAUUGGGGAAAAUAGUAGCCUUUUUCCCUCGUCAUAUUUUAAUAGGAUGCAUCGGCGGUGUUGGUUAUUUUCUAGUGGUAACUGGUCUAGAAGUUACUACACGAGUAGCCAAAGUUGAGUAUUCAUGGGAAUUUUUAUCUUAUUUAUUGUCCGAUUUCAAUAUAAUCGGUAAAUGGUUAACUCCAAUACUCCUGACAACUAUUUUAAUAUUUACUCAGCAUCAUUUUCAAAAUUCAUUGGUACUUCCCUCAUUUUACAUAAUUACAAUAAUCCUAUUCCAUUUCAUUGUCGCCUUAGUACCGAUGUUGUCAUUAAAUAAAUUGAGAGAUUCUGGGUGGAUCUUUCCUCUUACCAACUCUAACGACAAGUGGUUUGAUCAUUACAAAUAUUUUAAUGUUUAUAAUGUGUCUUGGGUAUUAAUAUUAAAACAAAUGCCUACAAUGUUAGCAUUGACAUUUUUUGGUAUUCUGCAUGUUCCAAUCAAUGUCCCUGCAUUGGCUAUGUCAUUAAAUAUUGAUAAGUUUGAUGUUGAUAGAGAAUUUAUUGCACAUGGUUAUUCUAACUUUCUUAGUGGUUUAUUUGGUUCGGUCCAAAAUUAUUUGGUUUAUACAAACAGUGUGCUAUUUAUUCGUGCGGGUGCAGAUUCACCUAUUGCUGGAUAUUUACUGAUUGUGUUAACUGCUAUCGUAAUGUUGAUAGGUCCUGUAAUUAUUUCUUUCAUCCCCAUUUGCAUAGUAGGUUCAUUAAUAUUUUUAUUAGGAUAUGAACUACUUAUUGAAGCUCUACUAGAUACGGUAGGCAAAGUUACUUUUUUUGAAUAUACAACAAUCAUUAUUAUUGUUUUCACUAUGGGAAUUUAUGAUUUUGUUUUAGGUAUCAUUGUCGGUAUAUUGUUGGCAUGCAUUAAAUUUAUGGUCGAUGGAACUAAACUUCAAACAAUAAAUACCGAAUAUGAUGGAACAAUUGCUAAAAGUACUGUAUACCGUGACUUUAUUCAAUCAAAAUUUUUGGACGGAAUUGGCGAGCAAAUAUAUCUCAUUAAAUUACAAAAUGUUUUAUUUUUUGGUACAAUAAUCUCGAUAGAAGAAAAAAUUGACACUCUCUUACAAUUGAGUGACAGUGAUUCCUCUAAACAUCGAAUAAGGUAUUUGAUACUAGAUUUUAAAAACAUUAACGAUGAUAAUAUCGAUUAUUCUGCUGCUGAAGGUUUUAAUAGAAUAAAAAGGUUCACCCAUGGAAGACACAUAAAACUGAUCAUAUCAUCUAUAACUCAUACUGAUAAAAUAUAUAAAGCUUUCAAUAAAAUUGGACUAUUACAGGAUAUUGAAUUAUUUUCAGAUCUUAAUAAUGGUUUGGAGUGGUGUGAAAAUAAGUACCUUGAAAAGUAUAGAGAACUUCACGAAAAAGCCAAAAAGAGACUGCAUUCUAGAAUGAGUAUUCUUCAGGAUAAAAAUAUUAGUUCACGUCAAAUAAAUUCAACCUCUUCCGAUGGAAACGAAUACCAAUCAAGCCAAAGAUUGAUGUCACUGCCUUUGAAUACUCCUCGUAACCAUCAACUUUUGUCUGUUGCUAGAAAUGUUUUUAAAAAUGAAACUCAGGCAGUUAGCAGGUUCAAAAAUUUAGAUAAUGGUGAAGAUGCAUUCACACAGCUAUUAUUACAAUCAAUAAGAAGAUUUAGACCUGAUGUAUUUUCUGAAUCUAAAGAUAUUAGAGCCCAAGAGAUCAAGUUUUGGACACAGUUGGCACCAUAUUUUAACAAGAUUUUUGUUGAGACGAACUCCACUUUUCUAAAUGAAAACAACUUCUUUUUCUUACUAGAUUCAGGUGUAAUAAAAGUUACUCAUGAUUUGGCACCGGGAAAGCUGUCAGAAACUAUGCUGAGCAGAACUAGUUAUGGUAUUUUAUCCAGUAAAAAUAAUAGAACGUACAAAACCCACAAAGUAACUUUUAUUCCUGAAACUAAAUCUGUGAUUUGGUUAAUUGAUAGUGAGGGUUUGAAAAAAAUGGAAAAAGAAAAUUUAAAGUUAUACUCUGAAUUGACUUUAUUAAUAAUGUCCAUUUCAGAUUACAGAUUCAAAGCUCUGCUUGGCUAUACAUUGGUUAAUGCAUAA